AUGGCUUCUCCAACGGUUUUCAAGCGUUUCGCUCCGGAAAUCGAGAGUGUGAAGGAGAUUCCGGAUUUGAAGAUCAUCAGGCCCAAGGCUUUUCCGGAUGAUCGUGGAUUCUUUUGCGAGACUUAUAAUGUUGAGGAGUGGGCCAAGGUUUUGGACUUUCACGAGGUCUUUAAACAGGUACGUUUAAUAUUGUUUUAGAGGGUUUGAGGUGGUUAUAGUGGUUUUAGAGCUGUUUUGUGGUUAAAUUAAGUCUUAUAAGGCCGAUCGAAUGCUUAUAGAAGAUGAAGAACAAUAUAUUUUAUUAAGUAGCAUAACAAAAAUUGUCAUAAAAUCGAAAAUUUUUAUUUUUUUGAUAGUUUUAACAUUUAUUCACGUACUAUAAAUUUUGGAUCAAAUACCUUAAUAUUUUUCAUUCAAACUCAGCUAAAACAAUAUUUUCAGGACAACCAUUCCUAUUCAAAGUACGGAGUUGUCCGUGGACUUCACUCUCAACCAGGCAUGGGCAAACUGGUGUCAGUAGUGAGCGGUAAAAUCUUUGAUGUUGCUGUAGAUGCUCGAUUGGACUCGCCAACUUUCGGCAAAUGGCACGCUGUGAUUCUGGAUGCUGAAUCUAAAACCAACUUCUGGAUUCCACCCGGCUUCUUGCAUGGUCUUCAAGUAAGAUUUUUUGGAUUUUUUGCUUUAUCUUGUUAAUAAGGACUAAAUUAUAUUACUUUAGGUGAGCCGUGAUAAGAAGCUUUACAAAAAUCCUUUUUUAUAUUCUCGAUUCUAUUCCAUAAGGUUAAAUAUGACCUAACAUGAUAAAAUCAAUCCAAAAAUAGCCUAAAAUCUCUGCUUUUUCAGGCCCUAUCUCCAGAAGGAGCACACGUUACCUACAAAUGUACUGGAGUGUAUGACCCAAAAACCGAGUACGGAAUCGAUGUCUUCGACAAGGAUAUCGGCGUAGAAUGGCCAAUCACCGACCCAGCUCAAAUCAUUGUUAGUGAACGUGACACUCAACAUCCGGGAAUUAGAAGCCUUCGUGACGCUCUCAAGGGAUAA